GAGGCUGUCACGGGGGAUAAGCCAACCUCAAAAAAUAUAAGGAGCUAUGCCAGCCUCUGAUAUAGCUCCAACACCUAAGAAUAACCUUAAAAACGAUAAUAUAAGGAGUUCUCUAUAUAAAAACGAAGAAUCAGAUGAUUUGGCUGAGGAAGUUUCAAAAGAACAAGUGAAAAAGUCUUGUCGUAUUAUUGGACCUUUUAUACCAGAAGAUUUUCUAGAAAAAAAGGGUUAUAAAGAUGAAAAUGAGAAUGAGAAUGAGGAAGAUAUAAGUUUUCCUGAAAAAACGGGGAAAAUAGAGCGAAUAAUGGGCUCAGAAAGGGUAGAAAGUGAUGAAGAUGAAAUUGGACCAUCUAUUUCGGAUUUCUUGAAUAUUUCAAAUGUUAAAGAAGACAAAAGAAAAAGGGCUAUAGAAUUUGAAAAAAUUGAAGAAAAAAGAUUAAAUGAAAUCCGUGAGACAAAUAAUAUUAAAACGAAUGAAAAAAAGAGGGAUGAUUGGAUGAUUGUUCCUCCAGAUGCAUCUCAUUUGAAUAUUGGAGCAGGUGUUAAGGCACGAACAUUUAAUACAGGAAAAAGUGCUCGAUUAGGUGAUUUUGGUGUUCAAGAUAUGAAUUUAUGGACCGAAUCUUAUGAAGAAAAACAAAAACGCUUAAAACAGGAAGCGAUUGGGGCAAAGACACCCUCAUAUCAAGCUAAUUUGGAAAAAGAAGCUUCUAAUGCAAUACUUGAUACGAAAAAACAAAAAACUUGUUUUGAAAAUAAACGCCCUUCCUUGUAUGAUAUGCAUGUUAAGACAAAUAAAAAAAUGAUUGAUGAUCCUUCAAAACGAAUGUUUGAUCGUGAAAAGGACGUUCUUAAUGAAAAUUAUAUGAAUUUUGAGAAAAGACAAAAAUUAAUGAAUUUCGCAAAAGAUUUAUCUCGUUUUUCAUCGGGGUCAUAUCUCUAAUCAUCGUUCCUAUUACUUAAAUUAAUUUUAGAUGAAAAAUAACUCC